AUGUCCAACCCCGCCGUCCCCCCAGCCUGGGUACAGCAAUUGCUGCCCGCCAAGACGACUGGCCCUGCCCAGCUCGCUGCCGAGCGCAGCAACUCCAAGGUCGACCCCAAGGCCCUGGAGACUCUGCUGUAUCCCGACGACGCGCUGGCCAUGCGCCGCGCCGUCGAGGACGCGAUCGCCAACUCGGGCCAGGGAUUCGCAGCCAAACUCGAGGCGCUUCCCUCCCUCGGACGAGUUGAGAAGAUUGAGCGCUCCCUCGAGCGCGGAAAGGCCCUCAAGCGCCUUCGUAAGAAGCACGGAUGGACACCGGAACAAUACGCAUAUGCAAGUACGGCGGCGGGAGAGGCUCACGUCUACGGCCUCCACGACAAGGCAUUCAUCAAGUGCUUGACUGACCAAGGCUCGGCUGAGCAGCACGAGCGUUUCCUCGUUCCCGCCAAGGCUGACAAGAUUAUCGGCUGCUAUGCCCAAACCGAGCUUAGCCACGGUUCCAACGUCCGCGGACUCGAGACCACCGCUACCUGGAACCCGAGCGACAAGACUUUCAUCAUUCACUCGCCUAGCCUCACCGCGUCCAAGUGGUGGAUCGGCACGCUUGGCUGUACUGCCAACCACGCGCUCGUGAUGGCCCAGCUCAUCAUCGACGGAAAGAACCACGGUCCGCACACUUUUGUCGUUCCCGUCCGCGACAUCAAGACCCAUGAGCCCCUCGAGGGCGUGUACGUAGGCGACAUUGGACCCAAGUUUGGUUUCCAGUCGAUGGACAACGGCUUCGCCCUCUUCAACAAGGUCAAGAUCCCUCACAUCAACAUGCUCAACCGUUUCCAGAUCGUCGACCCCGACACGGGCGUGUACCAGCGCCGCGGCUCUCCGGCCUUUGUCUAUGGCGGUAUGACGUUCCUCCGUGUCGGCAUUGCCGCCGACGCCGCAACGACUCUCGCUCGCGCCGCCUCGAUCGCCGUGCGCUACACCGCGGUUCGCAAGCAGUUUGCCGACGACGACUCCAAGUCGCCCGCCGAAGUCCCCGUCCUCGACUACACCAUGGUCCAGUUCCGCCUCCUGCCCCUCAUUGCGACGUCAUACGCCCUCUUCUUCAGCACGCAGGAGCUUGGCGCUCUCUACCGCAGUUACGACCAGGCACUCUCGGGCGGCGACCAGAAGCGCGCCGAGACCCUCCUCGCUGACCUGCACAUUGGUUCUUGCGCUCUCAAGAUCCACGGCACGUUCAUCUCGGUCGAGGGUAUCGAGGCUGCUCGUCGUUCUUGCGGUGGACACGGAUACUCGCACUACUCUGGCAUUGGACACCUGUACGCUGAGAUGCUUCCUUCGGUCACCUACGAGGGCGACAACUACAUGCUCUCCAAGCAGGUCGCUCGCGCUCUUGUCAAGAAGGCAAAGGCCAACGACCCCAUGUUCGCAGCUUACAAGGCCAACCCCCGCCGUUCGUUUGACUGGUCCAAGGACGAGGACGUUGUCGCUUCCUUCGGCCACCGCGUCGCCUUCCAGACUCUCCAGAUUCUCGCUCUCCGCGAGGACGGCUGGACCUGGAACCAGCUCCUCGUCCCCUUCUGGCGCCUCUGUGCCGCAUACGCCCAGUUUGUGAUUGUUCGCGCGUUUGCCGCCGCCCUCCCCGGUGUCGCAGCCUCUGUUCCCGGCCCCACCGCGCAGGCAAUCAACGACCUCUUCCACCUCUACGUCGCCGUCGUGACCGACCAGUACGCUUCCGAGUUCACCGACGCCCACGCCCUUCCCUCGAACCGCGCCGACGGUCUCGCGCGCCAGAAGGCCAUCCUUGCGCUCCUGCAACGCGUCCGCCCCAACGCUGUCAACCUCAUGGACGGGUGGGCGUUCUCAGACAUGGUCCUCAACUCGUCUCUAGGCCGCUACGACGGCAACGUGUACGAGGACGUGUUCAAGCGCGCCGCCGCUAACCCCGUCAACACGCUCACGUUUGACGUCGACCCCGAUUCGGACGUGAUCGUGCGCCGCCGCCAGGCUGUCGCCAAGCUGUGA